GGCCAAAACCUUAUGAUCGGUAAUCGGAUAAUUUCCUGAACACAACGAUGUCUGCAGAGAUUCUUACGGAGGAGUUUGAGGUACUUGAAUCCAUAUACCCUACAGAGCUGUCCAUUGUUUCGGACAGGGAGAUCCAGAUCGAUGUCGAGCCUGAUGAAGCGAUAGAUGGCGACCACCCCUUCAAACUACAGCUAUCCGUCCAUUACCCCGAUGCAUACCCUGACUGUCUGCCUCACCUGACGUUGGUAGCGAUCGAGGGCGAACUCGAGGACACUGAACAUGAGACUUUGCUGGAGAGUCUUACGGAAGUUGGCGAAGAGAAUGUCGGCAUGGCCAUGACGUUCACCCUUGUCUCCCAUCUUAGAGAGCAGAUGGCGUCACUCGUUCGUAAAAGGGCAGAUCAACUCAUGGCUGAGGAAACAGAGAAGGAACGCCUGGCAAUUGAGGCGGAAGAAGCAAGGACUCGCGGAACCCCAGUUACAGUGGAGUCGUUUAAGGGAUGGAAGAUAAAAUUUGACCGCGAGAUGGCACAAAGGAAGGCGAAAGACGAAGAGGAAAAGCUACGCGCACUCUCGCCGAGAGACAGGGAAGAAUGGAAACGUGCAACAACUCGACCCACCGGUCGCCAAUUAUUUGAGCGCAACAAGAACUUGGAGCACGACGAUGACAGCUUCGUGGAAGAAGGCACUGUGUCUGUUGACAUUAGCCAGUAUGACAGGAGCCAGCUGCGCGCACAUGAAGAUGACGAUGACGAUGGAGUGCAUUUUAGCGAUAGUGAUUAGAAUAAAAUAUGAAAUCUGAC